AUGGCGAAAGGUGGAAAACUAAUGAGGCUGAAAUCAGUGCUGAAGAAAUGGAACUCAUUUGGCAACGGCAAGCAGAGCCGCCACAGCACCAGCGCCGUCGCCGACGACGAGUCCUCCUCCAGAUCGGACCUCCAUGCGGUCUACGUUGGGAAGUCCCGCCGCCUCUACCGCGUCUCUUCCGGCGUCCUCGGCCACCCCGUCUUCCGGGAACUUGUGGAGAGGUCCCGCGAAGACUCCGACCACCAACACGACACCAUCAAUGUCGCAUGCGAGGUUGUCCUCUUCGAACACUUGCUCUGGAUGCUGGAAAACGCCGACCCACAACCCGAGUCUCUCAACGAACUGGUCGAUUUCUAUGCCUGCUAA